ACUUGUGUGGAGCCCCCCUUCCCGGGCUCCAAGCCCCUACUCCUGCGGCCCGCGGGCUCGGUCCGGCCUGGGGACAGCUGUGCGGGCCGGGGGCGCCGGCUGCUGAGUCACCCGGGCGAGGCUCUGAGCCCCGAGGUGGGGGGUUUCGGAUCUGCCUGCCGCGUGCUGUGGACCGCGGCCGCGCGGGGGAGGCCGUGGCGGGGGCUCCUGGGCCGUCCCCGGUGUACGUGCAGCAGGGCACUUGCCCGCUGUCGCCCGCAGGCAGGAGGGGCCGCCUGUCACGUGGAGCCCGCAGCUGCCCUGCCAGUCCCGGCUUGGCUGCGUGGCCGCGGCAGCACUGCCCGCUCUGCCUGGCUCUGGUUCGACUGCCGCUUGUUUACCUCUGCACAGAGCCUUGGUAGCCCGGCCGGCAGACGCUUGUACCCUCUGGGGCCCCGAGGGGUUCACAGCAAGAUGGGCUCCUGGGUAGAGCUGCACUUCAGCAGCAGCGGCAACGGCAGCGGCGCGCCCGCCUCGGUGUCUAUGUAUAAUGGUGACAUGGAGAAGAUACUGCUGGACGCCCAGCACGAGUCUGGACGGAGCAGCUCCAAGAGCUCCCACUGUGACAGCCCACCUCGCUCACAGACACCGCAAGAUAUUAAUAGAGCUUCCGAAACAGAUAGCCACAGCAUCGGAGAGAAAAACAGCUCUCAGUCUGAGGAAGAUUACAUUGAGAGAAGGAAAGAAGUUGAGAGCAUCUUGAAGAAAAACUCAGAUUGGAUAUGGGAUUGGUCAAGUCGGCCAGAAAAUAUUCCCCCCAAGGAGUUCCUCUUCAAACACCCGAAGCGCUCGGCCACGCUCAGCAUGAGGAACACGAGUGUCAUGAAGAAGGGGGGCAUAUUCUCGGCCGAGUUCCUAAAGGUUUUCCUUCCGUCUCUGCUGCUCUCUCACCUGCUGGCCAUUGGACUGGGGAUCUAUAUUGGAAGGCGUCUGACAACCUCCACCAGCACCUUCUGAAGGACUGGAGCCCAGCUUGUUCGUGUAGUGGGGAUCGUGUAGCUUGCAACGCAGCUGACGAGGAGCUGUCGUGGUCCUGGGGUGGCUGUAUAGCUUGUGUUUAUUUGCUCUGUUAAUGCUGCGUUUCUUUAGUAAAAUGAAAGAAUAGACACUAAAA